ACUCUACUCUCCUCCUCCUCGUCUCCAUCGUCUUUCCUAUCUCCCUCGCGUCUAAUUUCUAUUCUUUCAUCUGUUCUUCUUGGCAUCAACCAUUUGUAGUUGUAAUCUUUACAAUUCCGUGUUGAACCGCAAUCGCUGAGUAUUAUUAGCAUUGGUGGCGUUCGAGUUCGUGAUUCCUGCUGGAUCACUGCACUGAACAACUGCCAAUUUUGAAGUUCUUCGAAAGUUAGAGAUUUAAUAGAGCUGGAAACGAUGAACACCAAAACCAGCACUAGGCUGUACCCUAUGAAAGCUUCGGUCUCAAUUGGACAAGCAGAAAUGCAGGGAAGCUUGCGAAAGGGCACUGCUAAUAAAGUCGAAGGUCGAAAAGCCUCCAGUAGAUAUAGAAUAUCGGCAUUGCAACAAGAUAUUCAUGAGCUGAAAAAGAAGCUUAGACAUGAGGAGAACAUCCACAGAGCAUUGGAGAGGGCUUUUAACAGACCUUUGGGAGCUCUGCCUCGUCUUCCUCCGUAUCUCCCCCCCUGCAUGCUAGCUCUUCUGGCUGAAGUAGCAGUUCUGGAAGAGGAAAUUGUUAGGCUAGAAGAGCAGGUAGUACAAUCCAGGCAGGACUUGUACCAGGAAGCUGUCUACUUGUCAUCUUCAAAGAGAAGAAUGGGGCAUUCAGCUGAUAUAAACAAUGCAAAUUCAGUUGAAAGCGCAAGACAGGUCAAACUGAAGUCUUCUUCCCACACAAUGAAUAACGCAGCAACAUCUAAAACUAGGCUUACAACAUUACCAGAGGAUCGGCACAGAAAGGAGAACGAAUUCUGCACGAAUUCUUUUAAGAGAAGCAAACAUUUUUCAUGUAACAACCACACAACUAGAAUUCCAAUCAAGAAACUUUCAUCCGACAAUAAGUCAGGGCAGAAGUGUUGGGACCCACAUAAGAGACAGCAAGAAUUAAGGGUGAAAAACAAACCAAUUGCAGAAGUAGGGAAUCCCAGUCGACAUGAAAAACCACUGGGAGAUGACAGCCCUAAUAUUAUUUCUGAAAACAUUUUGAAGUGCUUAUCAACCGUCCUCAUGAGAAUGAGUUCAGCGAAGAAUCCAAGACCUGCAGGUGACAUAUCAUCGUUAUUGGCUCAGAAAACUCACAACUGCAUUGAAGGAUGGGAUCCUUAUGGUACCUCUUGGGGAUCUGGGAAGGAGGAUAUUGGUCCAUAUAAUCAACUAUGUGCAAUUGAAGCCAGAUCUUUCAAUCCAAAACGAACCGCAAAUUCUUUGAUUUUACUGUCUAGAUUAAAAAUUCUUUUGAGGAAACUUGCCUCUGCCAAGUUAGAAAACCUCAACCACCAGGAGAAACUUGCAUUCUGGAUCAACAUCUAUAACUCCUGUAUGAUGAACGCCUUCAUUGAGAAUGGCAUUCCUGAGAGUCCUGAGAUGUUUGUUUCACUGAUGCAGAAGGCAACAAUAAAUGUGGGCGGACACUUGCUAAGUGCAAACACUAUCGAACAUUUCAUCCUUAGACUUCCCUACAACUGGAAAUUUACGUUUCUGAAGGGAGCUAAGAAUCAUGAAAUGACAGCAAGAAGCAUAUUUGGACUGGAAUUGUCAGAACCUCUAGUGACAUUUGCACUCUCCCGUGGAACUUGGUCCUCUCCCGCUGUGAGAAUUUAUACGGCGUCACAGGUUGAGGACCAGCUGGAAGUUGCAAAAAGGGAGUAUUUGCAGGCAGCAAUUGGUAUUUCAUCGUUCAAGAUUGCUAUCCCAAAACUGCUGGAUUGGUAUUUACUGGAUUUUGCAGAAGACUUGGAAUCAUUGCUGGAUUGGAUCUUCCUCCAGUUACCAAGUGAACUUGGGAAAGAAGCCAUCAAGUUCAUUGAAAAAAGAAGAAGCCAGCCCCUCUCACAAUUUGUACAGAUUAUACCAUAUGACUUCACUUUUAGAUAUCUUCUAUGCACAUGAUUUUGCUAGUUUUCUGAAUAGUCUUAUUUGUAUACUCCUGUAGAUCUUACAUACAAAGAACAUACAUAAUAAUUUGUCGUCCCUUCAGCGAGCUCAA